UACCACACUACUACAGUAAAAAUCCCAAGGAGAUUGUGUGAUUGUGGACUAAACUAAAGUACGCUGCAAUUGUACCAGUCAGUGUGUUGCUUGCCUGUCAUCCCCUGAGUCAGAGAUGGCUGCCUCCAUGCCCCUGUUCCUCUCCGGCAUCAUGAUCGUCAGCAUCUCCUUGUACUUGCUCCACAAGAGGCUGCAGGCUGAGAUAGGGACCACUCAUCAACACCACCUCAGGAACCUCACCAUUCUGCUGUGGCACUGGCCCUUCAGCCGCCACUACAGCCUGGAGGGAGACAUUUGCAGAGACGAGUACGGUAUCCAAGGCUGCCUCCUCAGUGACAACACCUCCCUGUACCCUCAGGCAGACGUGGUGGUCUUCCACCACCAUGAGCUGAGGACGGGUCGCUCCGCCCUGCCUCUCCAUCUCCCACGGCCGGCCUCCCAGGGCUGGCUCUGGCUCUCCCUGGAGCCCCCGGUGAACAACGGCAACCUGACCCAAUACAAAGGACUGUUCAACUGGACCAUGAGCUACCGAGCAGACGCUGAUGUACCAAUGCCCUAUGGGAAGACGGUGGAAGUUCUCGUUCCACCAAACAGCAACAGCAGCAGCUAUGUGAUCCCUAAGAAAGGGGCUUGCCUGGCCAGCUGGGUGGUCAGCAACUACAGCCCUGACCAUGCCAGGAGUCAAGUCUACCAGAGCCUAAGGAAGUACAUUCCUAUAGAGGUGUAUGGCCGCUGGCUAAAGAGGCCACUGACCGACCAAAGUCUGAUACCCACCAUUGGCCGCUGUAACUUCUACCUGGCCUUUGAGAAUUCGGUGGCCAUAGACUACAUCACUGAGAAGCUGUGGAGGAAUGCCUACCAAGCAGGGGCAGUACCCGUGGUUCUGGGGCCCUCUCGGUCUAACUAUGAGGCCUUGGUGCCCUCAGGCUCGUUCAUCCAUGUCAGUGACUUCAGCAGCACAGAGCGGCUGGCUGCCUUCCUACAGCAGCUGGCCACAGACAGAGGGCGUUAUGAGGCUUACUUCAAGUGGCGUCAGACCCAUGAAAUCAAGACAUACACAGACUGGAGAGAGAGGCUCUGUAAUAUCUGUAUCAUCUAUCACAGACUGCCAGCUAAAAAGGUGUACUAUGAUCUGGAUGGAUGGGCCAAUAGAUAACAGGCAAAAACUGCUUUUACUGCAAGUUAUUUGGUAACAGUGCAAUUGUUAAGUAAAAAAAUAGGUAAGUUUAAGAAAUUUUAAAAAACAACAGUGAAAAGACAUGUUCAACAACCUUUGAUGGGCAGUACUUACAACAGGGCCAGUUCGUUCACACACAAAAUGUCACAGGUAAAACGUGAAAUACAUUAAUUUCUGCAUUGUUGUGAUAGUGUGUAACUUAAACAUCCAUUACAGCAUUGCAUUUUGGUCCCCAAUGCAGAAACACCACAGAAAAAUCACAACUUAAAAACAACUUAAAGAAGGGAAGAGUAAGUAUGAAUGUGUACCCACAGUGUCCGAUCACAUUUAAGGUCCCAUUGACGACAUUCCAGCCUUUACAAGACCAAGAAUUGCCACAAAU